AGUUGCAGCUCAAAUUAGAAGUCGUGCAGCAUGGGGCAUUUUCUGGGAAAGUGCCCAGCCUCAGAGCCAUUGGUACCAAUGAGCAGGGACAAGGACGGAAGAAAGAGUUCCAUUCCACAAAGGCUCCGGGAGACAGAGGCCCUGGGAGCAAAGGCAGCGAGAUACCUGGGGAAGAGUACUCGCAGUGACAUCUCCCAAUACGCAAGGCAACCAAGUGGCGGUGUUUGGUUCCCCAGCAACCAAACGAAGCGUCUACUGCAAGGGGAGACAGUCCUUAGGAAGGUAAACCAGUGACGAGGCUACCUGGUUGAUUUGUUUGUAAAGCUUUCUGCUGCUUCUCCACAUCCUACCUCUGGUCUUCACCAAGGACACUAUCAUCAGGAACCGUAUGUGAAGGAGGAAGCCAAUUUCUCAGCGAAGAUGAGCCGGCCAUAUGACUCGAUGGAGCCAAAAGUAAUGGAUGAUGACAUGCUCAAAGCAGCUGUCGGGGAGCAAGGGCCCCAGGAAGAAGCUGGGCAGCUAGCCAAGCAGGAGGGCAUCCUCUUCAAAGAUGUCCUGUCCCUGCAGCUGGACUUCCAGAACAUCCUCCGCAUCGAUAACCUCUGGCAGUUUGAGAACCUGAAGAAGCUGCAACUGAACAACAACAUCAUCGAGCGCAUCGAGGGCCUGACGAACCUCAUACACCUCGUCUGGCUGGAUUUGUCCUUUAACAACAUCGAGGCCAUCGAGGGCCUGGAUACCCUGGUCAACCUGGAGGACCUGAGCUUGUCCAAUAACCGGAUCUCCAAGGUGGACUCUCUAGAUGCCCUGGUGAAGCUGCAGGUGCUGUCACUGGGCAACAACCAGAUUAGCAACAUGAUGAAUAUCAUCUACCUGCGCCGGUUCCCGUGCCUGCGAACACUCAGUCUCGCUGGGAAUCCCGUUUCUGAGGCAGAGGAGUACAAGAUGUUCAUCUAUGCCUAUCUUUCUGACCUCGUGUACUUGGACUUCCGGCGCGUUGAUGAGCAGAUGAGAGAGAUGGCGAAGAUGAAACAUCAGUACAGCAUUGACGAGCUGAAGCACCGCGAGGCACAGCUGCAGAUGAAGCUGGAGGAGGAGCAGGCCAAGCAGGAGAAGCUGGAGGAACACAAGAUGGCGUUUGUUGAGCACCUGAACGGCCCCUUCCUGUUUGACAGCAUGUAUUCCGAGGAUGUGGAGGGCAACAAGCUGUCCUACCUGCCUGGUGUUAGAGAGCUCCUUGAAGCCUACAAGGACAAGUUUGUCAUCAUCUGCCUGAACAUUUUUGAGUAUGGCCUGAAUCAGCAAGAAAAACGGAAGGUAGAGUUAGACACUUUCAAUGAGUGCAUACAGGAGGCCAUCCUGGAAAACCAGGACCAGGGCAAGCUCAAGGUUGCCAAGUUUGAGGAAAAGCACUUGCUGAACUUAAAUGCCAUCCGGGAAGAGACUGAUCUGUCCAACAUCGAGAAGAAGCUGACGGAGUGCACUGAGAGCAUCGGUGAGCUGUUCAACACACUCAUGAUCCUGGAGAUGCAGCUGGUGGAACAGCUGGAGGAGACCAUAAACAUAUUUGAAAGAAAUAUCACUGACUUGGUGGGACUAUUUAUUGAAAAUGUCCAAAGUCUGAUUGCUCAGUGCCGGGACCUGGAGAACCAUCACCAUGAGAAGCUCCUGGAGAUCGCCAUCAACACCCUGGAGAAGAUCCUCAAGGGCGAGAUGGACGAGGACUUACCCGAUGACGUGCGGGCGCUUUUUGUUGACAAAGACACAAUUGUUAAUGCCGUUGGGGCAUCACAUGACAUCCACCUCCUGAAGAUUGACAACCGAGAAGAUGAGCUGGUGACUGGAAUCAACUCUUGGUGUGCACAUCUAGUAGACAAGAUUCACAAAGAUGAGAUCAUGAGGAACCGUAAGCGAGUGAAGGAGAUCAAUCAAUUCGUCGACCACAUGCAGAGUGAACUGGACAACCUGGAAUGUGGAGACAUUAUAGAUUAGGUGUCAGCCAUUGCCCCUGAGAGUUAUGGGAUUUUUUUCGUUCACCCCUCUCUCAACACUGUUGGUAAUAAUUCUCAAUAUAGAGAAAAUUAUAUAGAGAAAAG